GAGAAAAUAAGAGCGACCUGAGUGCUGAUGAAUAUUAAUAUUUUGGGUUUUUACAAUGGAGGCAGGAGGAAGAGCUUCCGAGACAAAUGAAUGUCCAUGUUUUGCAAUUAAAAUGAGACUUCAGGAUUUCGUAUGUAGAUUAGAAAACGGGAAUAGAAAAUCGAUGCUGUAUUUUGAUAACAUAUUAAAUGCUGUUUAAUAUGGGGAGAUGACAUGUUAGACGUCUGCGCGCUAAUGCACAGACAUUAAAGUACAGAUUUACAAUACGUGGACUUUAAUGAUCCUAAGAGUCACAGCACAUCAGAUAUUACGUAACUGCAGGCCAGGGAUUAAAUAUACACUUCAUCUUGCCAGGCAGAGAGUCUCCGUUCCUUGGCAGGCAGCUGAUAGGACCUGUUAGUUUGUCACAGGGCGGGAUUAUCAUGACUGACUGGCCUUUGCUCGACCCGUGUGCAGCAGAAAGAGGGGCGGAGCAGGUGUUCACACAGUUUUUACAAUGGAGGACUCAAUCGAGCUGAUCAUUCAGGACUACUGUGGGGUCUUUCCCACCAGCAGAUCCCAUCCCAUCGUGUCGGCCUGUACAGGCGCCGUCCUCACAGGUCUUUAUGGAUUAUGGAGUGUUUUCACUGUGCCUGGCUUCCGUAAAAUCCCCUGGCAUCUUAAGGUUCCAUAUUUGCCCUCCAGUAAAGACCAAGCACACAACGUUAUGAACCUGCUCCAGGGGAGAAGAGGGCGCUUAGCAGAUCUUGGAGCUGGAGAUGGAAGAUUGGUAUUUGCAGCCUCUUCUGCUGGUUUUCAGUGCACAGGGUUUGAGAUCAACUCAAUUCUAGUGGCUUAUGCAAGGAGCAAAGCCUAUUGGAGAAGAAUCCCCUCCAGCCAAGUAACCUUUGUUAAGAAGGACUUCUGGAAGACCGAUUUGUCUUCGUACAACAAUGUGACCGUUUUCCUUGCUCCAGGAGUGAUGGAGGUGCUGGGAGAGAAGCUGCUGAAGGAGCUUCCUCAAGAUGCGCUGGUCAUUUCUUGCCGUUUUCCUUUCCCUAACUGGCCCCAAAAAUCAGCUGUCGGCUCUGGACUUGACCAGACGUUUGCUUAUGAGAUCAGCUCUGUGCGCUCACAUUUGAGAAAUCCACCAAAGAAAUGAGUUGGAUGCUGUGGCCGAUACUGCACUAAAUCACCCUUAAUUCUGAUAAUCAUCCUUGAUUUAGUGCAUUGUUUUUGGGGGGAGGGGAGGUUUAUGAAGAAUGCUGAAUAUUAUGAUUUAUUUGUUGUUCAGUAUUUCAUAAAACAUUUUAAUCUAUUUUAAGUUAGCUGUUUGGGGUUCCUCUUCCGUAAUUUCUGGGGGAAAGUACAGAGGGGAAUCUGUGCUUUCUGAUUGGCUACCUGUCACAUUCCACAAGGCUACCAGUCAGGGAAAACCCCACAAGCUGCGAUAAUCAGCCAAGACAAUUCAAUAUGUUGAAUAUGUCCGCUUUAGAUGGGAGAGGUCCCGACAUUCUACUGACUGGACCCGAUCAGUCGUAACACACAACACACUGCAGGGUGAUCGGUUACGAUUAUCGCAAGUGACAAUCUUAGAAUGCAAAACGUUCUAAGAUUGUCAUGAGGAAAUUGAGGCAAAAAACCUUGGACAGGUCUUUACUUUGUUGAUAAUUGGUAAAUAUCUGGAAAGAUCUUUUUUUACAUUGGAGAACACUUAUAACCUAAUUGAAAAUGAUACAUUUUGCACAGGCAACACUGAUUAUCUAUGCAGCACACUGUCUGAAUAUUAAUAAAGCAAGUUCUUAAAUGUCAA